AUGGCUUCUUCAGCGGACCAAGAAGAUGACCCUUCACAAUGGACACGCAUCGUUCGCAAAGGCAAGAAGCUAGGCCGCAAGGAAGAGAGCCUGCGCCUGCCAGUCGGCGGCCCGCCUGAAAACUUCCACCCAAACGGGUCGCCCCAGCUCACCGUCGACGACAUCAAGGCCAACCACCACAAGGUUGUCUCUAAGUGGCGUGCAACGAAGUGUUAUGAAAAUAUCCAAAAUACCAUCAGAGACAAGUCUGCCUCUCAUGAAAAGGUCACCCGCGCUGUUUGUCUUGGUCUCGGCGCCUUCGAUCCCGAAGAUGCUUCGUGGUCUGCUCAGCGACGGUCUCACAUCCAGCUGGCGGCCUUUCUUGCCAUGGUAGAAGCUCUAAAGUCGGAAAGUGGGCAGGAGAUCGAGACCAUCUACCAAGAGCCGCGUUUUACCCGGCCAGACAAGGACUUUCUGAUCGGUCUGGGUGGAAAGGCUGUAGAUUCCCCCGGUGCCUACGAACUGAUUGACAAAACCACUCUGGUCUUUGGCGUGCAUCUGUACCGCGAUAUCUGGGCAGCCGCAUUGAAGGAGAGUCUACCCGCGAUGUGCGUCGGCACCGGCUGGGACGUUUGGGAAGAGAAUCCUGGGGCAGACAAAAGCCCUGAUUUCGGCCGCGUCAGAGAGAUGGAUGCCACCUUUGACAAAUUCCCUUUCCCUCAGGACGACUACACCUCCUUUUCGAGCACCUGCAUCUACUGGAAGAAGCAAGAAACGAAAGAUGGCACCCCGGAACAAGAUGUUAUAGAAGACCUGCAGCGUCUGCGCGUCAGCUGA